AUGUCAGAGAACAAAGUAUUUCGCGUCCUCAUUCUCCCCGGUGACCAUGUCGGUCCUGAAAUCAUGGCCGAGGCCCUCAAAGUCCUCGACAUAAUCGAGGCAAGUCGUCCAGACAUCCGCUUCGAACGAGACACAGGCAUCGUCGGCGGAUGCAGUAUCGACAAACACGGCACGCCCGUCACAGACGCAGUCCUCGAAAAAGCACUAGCCAGCGACGCCGUUCUCUUCGGCAGCAUCGGCGGUCCAGAAUGGGCAGGCGUCGAACCAACUCCCGAGUCAGGACUCUUGAAGCUGCGUCAAAGUCUCGACGCUUUUGCCAAUUUGCGUCCCUGCGAGAUUCUCGUCCCGUCGCUAGUUAGUGCAUCGCCUAUCAAAGCUGAGCUUGUAGCUGGGACAAAGUUCAUCGUUGUCAGAGAGAAUUGCGGUGGUGCUUACUUUGGCAAGAAGGAGGAGAGUGAAGAUGAAGCUUCUGAUCUUUGGAUCUACUCGCGUCCUGAGGUUGAGAGAUUGGCUCGUGUGAGUGCAGCUGUUGCGAGGAUCUUGCACGCGAGCAGUGAGAAGAAGAACGACGGUAGUAAGCCUGUUGUUUGGAGUGCCGACAAGGCCAACGUCCUUGCGAGCGGUCGUCUCUGGCGGCGUGCAACUACAAAUAUCUUCAACAAGGAACUCGCCGACAUUGAUCUCCGCCACCAACUCGCUGACAGUCUCGCCAUGUUGAUGGUUCUCGAUCCCAAGCGCUUCAACAACAGCGUCAUACACACAGACAACACAUUCGGCGAUGUCCUCUCCGACAUUUCCGGCGGCAUCACAGGCACUCUCGGUGUCCUUCCCAGCGCGAGUCUAGCUGGCGUUCCGGGUGAAGGAUCCUGCAAGGGCAUCUAUGAGCCUGUUCAUGGCAGUGCGCCUGAUAUCUCGGGCAAGAACCUCGCCAAUCCCGUGGCGCAAAUAUUGAGUUUGGCGAUGAUGUUGCGCUACUCAUUUUUGCUGGAGAAGGAGGCUGAUGCGAUUGAGCAGUCGGUUGCCAAGGUUCUGGAUACCAAGGAAAGUGGUGGAUUGGAGAUUAGGACGAAGGAUCUUGGGGGUAGUGCAAAGUGUAGUGAGGUUGGAGAUGCGAUAACUUGGAUGGCUUCAUCAAAGCUACCCCAACAGGAGACAGGACUUGCCAGACCUAAGAGACGCCGGAUUGACCGGCAAAGACCUGACGUAACAUAUUCUCGCAAGCGUGCCAUCGCAGCCUGUCGAAUAUGUCGCGUCAAGAAAAUUAAGUGCAACAACGUCCGCCCAGUCUGUGGAUCCUGUGUAUCAUCUCAGUCUACUUGUGUCUAUGAAAGCUCCGGAGAGGAUCACUCAUCUUUUGACCCUGCCAGUAUUGCCAUCCUCCAACGUCUGAACCAGGUCCUCGAGAGCGUUGGCGAUAUUCCAGGUAUAAUCAAGGCGAAUGUUGAGACGGCCUUGAAAAAUGCCGCAAGCCCAGCAUCGCGCGUUGACGCGUUCUCGGAUAGUCAGGGAUUGAACGCUGAUGAUCUGACCGCUCCGACUGGGAUAUCAAGCGUCGAGUCUGUUCUUAAUUGGCCUAUCCUGGCGGGGAUUGUUGAUCCAGGCUAUAUUCUCCAAGCUCUAUCGGAUACACGAGCUGGUCUUGACCAUGCUUCUUUAUCCUGUGAAGCAGACACUGUUUCGGGAAUCAACGCGGAACACGUUCACCCUGUGAACCCGAUUCUUGACGUCAAUGAGAUCUACUCUCACAGCUUGCGCAUUUCAGAAACCGGCAUCAAAUGGGAUGGAGAGUCAUGCAUCGUGCUCAUCGCAUGUGCUUUGGGAUGCAUGGCUAAACCUUACGAUACCAUGGUGACUUCACCGUCGGAAACAUCAACCGCAUCCUCCAUCGAAUCACAAGUUGAAGAGUUAGAAAUGGCGAGUGCUUACUUUGAAUUAGCUAGGCAAAGACUUGGCAUGUUGGAUCAAAGUCUCCUAGCUGCUCAGUGUCACUUCUUUGCCGGGGUAUACUACAUGUUCACUCUCGCUCCUCUACGCGCCUGGUCUCAGUUCGAGCAUGCUGCCAACACUUUCUAUAUCUACUGGAAGUAUCUGCCGCGACAAGACUCGCGACUGUGUCGAAGCUUUUACUGGAGUUGUCUCAAAUCCCAAGUCGAGCUUGGUCUCGAUCUGCAACUUCCUCAAAGUAUUCUGAAGGAUCUACAUGAUGCUGGGUCCGAGCUACCUACUCCACCUGAGAUAAACGCGUGUCAUUCUCGACAGACAAGGACCAUAUUUCCACCGCCGGGGGAAACCUCUGCCGAAGAUCUUGAUAGUGUGCAGGAGGAGAGUUGGGCUCAGACGAUGCCUCUUAUGGCUCAAAUCACCAUGGGUGCACUACCUACUAACAAACUAGCACUGCUGCUCUACGCUAGAGUCCUGGAACUCAAGUGUCUCAUUUAUCGGCCAUUCCUAUACCAUGCAGCUCAUUCCACCAUGAGUGACAGAGAACAGGCUCACAUUAGUCCCUUUGUUGACAAAGGCCUCUCCUGUCAUUUUCUCGCCAUUACCAUUGGAUACCUACACUAUCGAAACCAUAUAACGUACUAUCACUUCAGGUCGUCAACAGCGUCUGCUCUCUGCAUCAUGGCAGUCGUCAUGUCUGGGAAAGUGCAUACUGUUCAUCAGAUGGACUGGCGCGGCGAUAUUAAGACAUUGAUCAAAAAGAUUCGGUAUUGGGAGGACGAGGCUCCUACGGCUGGGCGAUGUGCAGACGUCUUGGAAGCUGUUAUGUCGUCUGUUGAACAGUCACUUCUAUAA